GUACGAUACCGCUCAUCCGAGUCCGUCGAGAUCACCUUUCGUUUCAAGAAGAGCUAUCCUUCACCUUCAGGAGUUCAAGAUCAAGAUGCCUAUGGCUAAUUCAUCUGGUUGUGAAUCCACCUGAUUUGGACCGGUUAUGAAGCUGAGGUUCGUGACAUCGGCAAAGAGCGACUCCAGGAACUCUAUGGCGAGCUGUGGUUCUCUUACAGCUGUGGGCAAAUCGUGGAUGAUUUCCGUCAGAUUGGUUUGGUUGGUUAGGGAAGUUAUGAGAGAGAGAGUAAUAUGAGAG